AUGGCAGUGGCGUCAUCUUCGUGGCUACCGUCUCUGACUACCAACGCCUUGGCAUUUGGCGCUGCGAGCUUCGCGUCUUCGGUUCUGUGCACGCUCUUUUCGCUAUACGUGACUCCUGUCUUCACCAGUGUUUACAAGAUCGACGACAGGCAUUUCUACGCCAGCCACGUCGUCUUCGCCAUCUGGAACGCCAUCAACGACCCCGCCUUCGCCUGGCUCAUCGACAACACCACCGCUUCAGGCGGAGACCGCAGGUUGCCGGCCAUUAAGUACGGAGGCCCACUGUGGUGUCUGGCGUUUCUCAUCCCGUGGUGGCCUUGGUCAACCGAGCCGGGCUCUUUCCUCGUCGGCUUGCACUUCUGCGUCUCCAUCUGCAUGUUCGACAGCUUCCUGACCUACGUGCUUCUGGUACACUGCGCCCUUCUAGCUGACCUCACUACCGACAACACCGUGCGGAACAACUACAACAACGUGGGCAGCCUGCUGGGCGUCGCGGGCGGUGCGGCAGGCGCGGUCUCGUACUACCUCUACGACGGGAAGGAUAUGGCCCCCUUCCGGUCCUUCUGCCUCGGGGCAGCGACCGUCUCGUGCCUCGGCUUCUGGUGGACCGGCACACGGCUGGACGUGGGAAGACUGGACACGUUCAGGAGGGAGGUCCCAGAACACGACCCAUUGCUCGAAACCACCCCUCCGGCCUCCAUCGCACACACGGCGCCGCUUGACGGCGCAACCAAACCCAACUCCCGGAAUAACCAAGGCACCGCCGUCGGCAUGCGUUCUCGAACUCCCACGAGGGACAGCGGGCCCGCUGGUUCCGGCGGGAGCGAGGGGGAGGCAGCAACCGUAGUGGCGGGGAGGGUGGCUUCGCAGCUGGGAAACGCUCCGUUGUCACCGAAGACGAGCACGGGGGGCGCCGUGGCUAGGGGCGGGCGGGAGCUGUCGUUUUGGGGGUUCACGAAGCAGCUCUCUUCCCACUGGAAUUUCUGGCUGUACGUGUCGAUGAACUUCAUGGAGAACUUCAACGCCUUGUUCGACCAGUCCUUCUUCGUCUUCCUUGACACCAAACUCUUCGAGAGGGUCGUGCCGAGGGGGCCACACGGGGUCCUCACCGCCCUCUGCCUCUACGCCCCGAAGCUUAUGACCCAGGUCCUCACACCCGUCGCGGACCGAUACGGCACCUACAAGCUCAUCAUGGGGGCGGCCUUAUUCAAGCUGGUCGCCGGGGUGCUGAUGUUCGCCUGCGGUAGGCCGGCGUGGCCGUUGUGGACGCUCCUGUUUCUAGGAAACCGCCUGGCGGCGACCGCUUGGGGCUUCUACAACCUGUCGUUCUCCGAUGUGAUCGACGAAGACACCCUCCGCAACAAGAGGCCGGAGAGCAUGUCGGUGUCGGUACACGGGCUACAGGCGCUCUUCGUCAAGCCGGCGCAGAGCCUGGCGCCUAUGGUCGGGAUGGCUUUUCUGCCCGCGGGGGCGCUGAAGACAGACCUCGUGGACAUGACCAUGCGGCAGGCGGAAAGAGUCCAGGCGGCGGCGUUCACGCUCAUGUGGGCAGUGCCAGCCGGGUGUGGACUGGUGCAGGUGCUGAUCUGGCGAGCCUAUCGGCUGCACGGAGCGGCACUCAAGGACAUGAAAAUGAAAUUGAAGGAGUGGGAGAGAUUUUUGAGCUACAAACGUGACGAUGCGACGGGCGUGGGGAUGGCGUAG